UUCUUUACGUGAAUGGAAGGGAGAGGAGAAGCGAUGGCGGCGGACGCCCCGGGCUCUUUUGGCCUCUUCCGCAUGGACGAGAUCGAGAAGGUCUUCGCCUGCUAUGACGCCAACGGCGACGGUCGGAUCUCCGCCUCCGAGCUCGCCGGCGUCCUUCGCGCCCUCGGCCUAGACGCCUCCCCCGCCGAGAUCAGCGACAUGAUAGCCGAGAUGGACUCCGACGGAGACGGCUUCGUCGACCUCCAGGAGUUCGCCGACUUCCACCGCCGAAGCGGCGGCGGAGGCGGCGGCGAUGGAGACGGCGACAGCAGGGAGCUGAGGGAGGCGUUCGACGUGUACGACCUCGACGGAAACGGGCAGAUCUCCGCGGAGGAACUCCAUCGGGUGCUGAGUCGUCUCGGGGAGGAGUGCUCCGUCGAGGAUUGCGCGCGGAUGAUCCUAUCCGUCGAUGUCGACGGCGACGGCAACGUCAACUUUGAGGAGUUCAAGAAGAUGAUGAUCGACGGCGUCGGAGGGAGGUGAAACUCCCCUAGUGCAAAACCACUUCUGCAACAGAUCUCUCGUGAUUUAGAAGCGCAUAAAUUAAGGUCGCUGCUCGGCCGUAGCCUUGAACUGUCCCUUGCUUGCUUCUGAUUCAAAAGCAAUUGCCUUCUAUAAAAUCGUCACGUUUUUUUUCAAGGAAAGAAUAUCAAUAAAAUA